AUGAAUAAUACUAAAAGAUCAUCAUCGUCAUUUCCACAAAUUAAAAUCCCAUUCCCACCUAUAAUUAACCUUGCAGAAUUACUUCAACCAAAUAAAUCUUUUUCUUUGUUUGAUGAACCACACAAACCAUCACGUGCCCCUAACGCAUUCAUUAUCUAUCGUAAAGUGUUUGUUAAAGUUGCUCGUGAUGAAGGUCAUAAUCUCCCAAUGACCGCAAUCUCUUCUAUGGCCUCAAUUUCAUGGGAAAAGGAGCCUGAGGAGGUUAAAGCGGAAUACAAACGUAUUUCAAAAGAAGCUCAUUUGAAAAAGAAAGCAAUGUUCCCUAAAGAUAAAAGGAAGAAAAGAAAGGAAACUUGGAAUGUUGUAUCAUUUCAAGGUCCUAAUCUCUUAAAACACUAUGAAGUGAAUCAUGACGACGAUGAAGAAUUGGACGAAGAUAGUAACGACAUCAGUGUAAUAGUUAACAUUUGGAAUUUCCGCUCCAAUUUAUUCACCCGAAACUGUUGA